AUGUCGUCCGACCCUCUCCCACCAGAAAUUACUGCCAUAACAACCCUCUCCUCCGGUGACGCCAAGUGGGUUGAGCUCCAAAAGAUCGAUUGGAAAGACCAAGCAGGCAAACCCCGCAUUUGGGAAGUUGCUGCUCGCAAAACGCGUGGCUCCUCUGGCAUAGAUGCUGUAGCCAUUGCUCCCAUUCUGCUUCACCCAUCGCGACCGGCUUCAACAUUGAUAGUCCUACAAUAUCGUCCUCCCGUCGGAACAACUUGCGUCGAGUUUCCAGCUGGUCUGAUCGAUCGCGGCGAGACCCCAGAGGCUGCAGCUAUUAGAGAGUUGAAGGAGGAGACAGGUUAUGAAGGGAAAGUCAUCAGCAUUAGCCCUACGAUCGUCAGUGAUCCAGGCAUGACGACGGCGAAUAUGCAGCUCGUGGUUAUGGAGGUUAAUUUGAAGGAAGGAGACCCAGAGCCUCAACAACACUUGGAUGACGGGGAGUUCAUCGAGCGGGUGGUGGUUCCUUUGGACGAAUUACAUAAUAAACUGGUCGAUUACGAGAAGAAUGGAUAUGCGGUUGAUGCAAGGUUAUAUCAUUGGGCUGCCGGAGUGGACUUUGCAAGGACUAGGAAGUGGUGA